AUGAAGAUGCAAAGAGGCAGAAAGAUGUUUGGUACUAUCUGUCCCAAACAAAUGGGCCAACAGGCAAUGAGAGCAGCAGCAGCCAAAAAGGUAAAAUGUUGCUCUGAAAAAUGAGAUGUUAAAAGAUUUCUAUACCUGCAGGAUAAAGUGCUGGUGCCCAGAAGCAGCAGUCCAGUCACUGUGUACGUCGAGCUGCCCUGCAUCAUUGAACAAGCUUUUUCAACAAUUGCAUGGGAUGAUUUGGAAGACUGCGAGUCUGUGGUGAGAAGGGAGAGCGACUCCCUCGGCUCUCAGGUGAAUGAAUCUGAUGCUGAUGACCACGAUUUUGGAGAUUAUGCGCUGGAUUUCAUGGCAGAUUCUCCUGCCACACUGGAGAGCAGUCUGUCUCCAGCUGAACUGGUACCUUUUCAGGGAUGCAUCAUACCUCCCCUCACUCCCCAGAGGGACUUCUCUCCAGAGGACAGUCUAGUUAAUUCUUUCACAGAGAUAGGCAACCCACAUGCCCAGGAUGGAGCUCUCUGGAGGGGCAUCGCCCACUGUCAAGGCAGGGUUUUGGGGCAUUCUAUGGAGGUCAAUAAUCAGCUCCAUGAGACUCUACACAGAAAACAGGAAGAGAUCAACUCCCUUCAGGAGAGAAACCUUCACCUCAAGCAGCUGGCCUGCCGAGCAAAGCAUCUGGCCUCAGUUCUGGAAAAACUGAUGACUGUCAAAGACCCAAAUAUAGGUGAAGCAAUGAUGCCCUGUGGUGAUAACACUUCACUGAGUCCCUGUAAGCGGCAGCGACUGGACAAUGAAUGUGAAAUAGAGCCUGACUCAGUGGAAGACAUGCUGAGGGACAUCAGCACACGCUGCAAUGCUGUCCUGCACAGUACUGCCACUGGGACAAGACAGUCGCAGGAUUCAGAGACUAUACGCAUGUACGGUUCAUUCUCAGGCCUACAGACUUCUGUAUGCAAAGACAGCAACGUGAGGACUGAUGGAGCAGAGGAUGGAGAGAGUGUCUCAUCUUUCCGAACGUCUAUUAGAGAACACUGCACUAUAAGGACCCAGGUGUUUCCUCACGGUCAUGCCUUUACGUCCAGAACUCAGCAAGGAGGAUACCGCUUUCGCUGGGUUCCCAACCACAGCUGA